AGCAGAUGAAGACCCUCCACAGAUCACCUGCAUCCCCAGCUGAGUGUGUUUACCUGCAGCAGCUUUGGGAGUAAUUUCCUCCUGAGUUUCCUCCAGAUAGAAGUGCUACCUUUAUUUUGUUUUUUAGAUUCUUCUGCUGAUUUUCUUUUUUUUUUUUUUAUUGCAGCCUCCUCCCAGACAGUUGCCUCGGGCUCUUCCGCCUUUGCCUCUGUCACUCGCUCAGCUGUCAGUCUGUCCGUCCCUGUCAGGAUAUCCCCUUCCCUCUUUCUAGGGUUUCAUAAUGCACAGGGAUCUGAGCCAGGUCUGACCUGACAUUCUGAGGCUGGGGUGGAUUUCAUUCUUCUGUUUGUCAGAGAAAACUGAAAAGUCAUGAAUGUAAACCAGCACAGAAGAGUUGUGGUGAUAAUGGAAGGUCACAAGUUACACAGAACUUAACUUUGGAUGACUGGAUAGUCCCUCAUCUUUUAAUUUAUAAGCAUCUGGCACUGACUGCUUGUGAGUCUUUGUGUAUAUGUGUGUUUUUUGGAUCUAUUGGACUGACAGUCAUGGGGAAUGCAGCAGGAAGUCUCGAGGUUUCUCAGGGAAAGGAGAGCAAGACAUCCGGCCCGGGGUCCACGGGACCCCAGAAACCAACAGCCGGGGUCAAACUCCCGAUGCCACCUGAAGAAGAGCUGGAGGAGCGCUUCAGUGUCGUGCUGAACACGAUGAAUCUUCCUCCAGACAAGGUGAAGAUCCUCAACCAGUAUGACAACGAGAAGAAGUGGGAGCUGAUUUGUGACCAGGAGCGCUUUCAAGUGAAGAAUCCACCAUCUGCUUAUUUGGAGAAGCUGAAAAGCUACGUGGAUCAUGGAGGAGUCAGUCGAAAGUUUAAGAGACGUGUCCAGGAAUCCACACAGAUCCUGAGAGAGCUGGAGAUUUCCCUGAGGACCAAUCAUAUCGGCUGGGCUCAGGAGUUCCUAAAUGAGGAGAACCAGGGUUUGGACAUUCUCGUGGAUUAUCUGUCUGUCGCCCACAGCGCUGUCACGUAUGAGGUGGAGACUUUGGACAAUGGCACGCAGCCCGCAGACAAACCAGUGGAAGAUCUGAGAAGAAGUGCCAGCAACUCACCAACACACAGCACUUUGAGGAGCAGCAAAGGCUUCACAGUCAGGAAAGCCUCAAGGAACUCACGUGCUGCAAGCCAGAAAGAUGAUGUUCAUCUCUGCAUCAUGUGUCUACGUGCCAUCAUGAAUUACCAGUCGGGGUUCAACCAAGUGAUGAAGCAUCCCUCCUGCGUCAACGAGAUCACACUCAGCCUCAAUGACAGAAACCCGAGGACCAAAGCUCUGGUGCUGGAGCUGCUGGCAGCCGUGUGUUUGGUGAGGGGAGGUCACGAUAUCAUCCUUGCUGCCUUCGACAACUUCAAAGAGGUUUGUGGAGAAAAAAGCCGAUUCGAGAAGCUCAUGGAGUAUUUCCAGAAUGAAGACAGCAAUAUUGACUUCAUGGUGGCCUGUAUGCAGUUCAUCAACAUCGUGGUCCACUCAGUGGAAAACAUGAACUUCAGAGUCCACCUCCAGUACGAGUUCACUCAGCACGGCCUGGAUGACUACCUGGAGAAUCUGAGGUUCACGGAGAGCGACAGACUGCUGGUGCAGAUCCAGGCCUACCUGGACAACGUGUUUGAUGUGGGUGCUUUGCUGGAGGAUGCAGAGACCAAGAACGCUCUGCUGGAACACAUGGAGGAACUGCAGGAACACAACACACAGCUGAGCAGCAGGCUUCAGGACACGGAGAGGGAGGCGAUGGAGAAAGCGUCUGAGCUCGAGAAGAAGCUCAUUCAGACCACGAAGGAAGUGGAGCUCCUGAAGGAGAGUCUGCGUGAGUCUCGCUCCCAGGUGACUCUGCUCGAGCAGCGAGAACAAGAGAGGGAGCUCGAGCGCAAGAGAGAUCGAGAGAGAGAAGAAGACGCUCGGGCCCUGAGAGAGCUCGAGGUCAAAGUUCAAGCUCUGGUGGAGCAGGGUCUUGUCCAAAUGGAGCGCUCCUCCUCUGGACGCCUACACGUUCAGGUGGUCCAGCAGAACGUGAAGCAGAAAGCUGCAGAUGAAGUCAGUACAGGGAACCCCCAUCAGGCUAUUCCCACCUCUUCAGAGCCCACAACAGAAGCUUCUCCACCAGCAGAGGCAGUACAAGCCCCUCCUCCCCCUCCUCCUCCUCCUCCCCCUCCUCCUCCUCCUCCACUUCCGACUCCAUCCUCAACGACAGCUCCUUCUCCUCAUCCUCCACCACUGCCAGCAGCUCCCCUGCCUCCUGGAGGUGGUACGAUGCAGCCGUCAACAAACGUGACUGGUGGGAGCUCAAACAGUAAAAAUAAGAAGCCCAUUCAAACCAAAUACCGGAUGCCACUGUUCAACUGGCAGGCCCUCAAAUCCACCCAGGUGGCAGGAACAAUCUUCAAUGAUCUGGAUGAUGAGCAAAUCUUAGAGGAGCUAAACAUGGCUGCCUUUGAGGAGCAGUUUAAGACCAAAGCCCAGUCCGCCCCGGUAGAGCUGGGCACCAUAAAGAUGAAAAUGGCCCACAAGAGUCCCAGUAAAGUGUCUCUAAUGGAGCCCAACAGGGCCAAAAACCUGGCCAUCACCCUGCGUAAGGAAGGAAUGGCUGCCUCUGAUAUCUGCUGUGCCAUUGAGACGUAUAACCAGAGAGCUCUGAGUCUGGACUUCCUCGAGCUGCUGGAGCGUUUCAUCCCCACGGAGUAUGAAAUGAAGCUCAUCCACAACUAUGAGUGUGAGGGCAAGCCCCUGGACGAGCUCAGCGAGGAGGACCGCUUCAUGGUGCGCUUCAGCAAGAUCCCACGGCUUUCCCAGCGCAUCAGCACUCUCACCUUCAUGGGCAAUUUCCCCAUCAGCGUCCAGCUUAUACAGCCUCAACUGAACGCCAUCAUCGCAGCCUCGAUGUCGAUCAGAUCUUCCACUAAGCUGAAGAAAAUCCUUGAGAUCAUCCUGGCGUUUGGAAACUACAUGAACAGCAGCAAGCGAGGCGCAGCAUACGGCUUCCGUCUGCAAAGUUUAGACUUGCUGUUGGACACCAAAUCUACAGACCGCAAACAGACGCUGCUGCACUUCAUCGUCAGCAUCAUUCAGGAGAAUUACCCGGAGCUGCAGUCCUUCUACACAGAGCUGCACUUCCUGGAUAAGGCUGCACUUGUUUCUGUGGACAGUAUUCUGCAGGACCUGCAGGCUCUGGAGAAAGGCAUGGAGGGGACAAAGAGGGAGUUCUCCUUAGAAAAAGACAACCCCGUGCUGCAGAGUUUUCUCAGCAGCAACACUGAGCUGCUCAGCUGUCUCAUAGCUGAUGGAAAGACUGCACAGGAUGCGUAUGACUCAGCUGUGGAGUACUUUGGAGAGAACCCCAAGUCCACUCCGCCCUCCAUGUUCUUCCCUAUUUUUGUCAGGUUCAUCAAAGCAUACAAGCAAGCAGAGCUGGACAAUCAGCAGAGGAACAAACAACACGAAGCUCCUUUGACUCCCACUAAACCUGAACUCAUGGGGAACAAGGGUCCCAUGAUGCCCAAACUGCCCCAGAUGGACCUGAUAGCAGAGCUGAAGAAGAGGCAGAUGACUCCUCUGGUGAGGGAGGGGAAAGAUGGAGCCAUCGAGGACAUCAUCACAGCUCUUAAAUCCGUGCCCUUCACGGCUCGCUCCGCCAAACGCUCCUCUCGUCUCUUCUGCGACUCCGUCUUCAGUGAAGAGAUUUAAGGAAUCAGCCGUACAGACGGGCAGACGGCAGCCGACGCAGCGCCAGGUGGAAACCAGGACAACAGCUGCAGGUAUCCUCAGACAUCUCCCUCUGAAAAACAACAGUACAGACUGAUCG